AUAUAUAUAUAACGUGAAUGUGAUGUGAUGAUGAUAUUGUAAACAAAACGUGUAGCGGCACAUUAAUUAAACAAAACUUUAUUCCUAGAAAUUUGUAAUAUUAUGUGAAAUACAAUUGUUCUAAGAAAUAACGUGACAUAGAAAUAUUGAGAGGAGCAAAAUGCAAGAAUCUGUAAAGUUUAAUUUGAAAGAGGCUAAAUCGGAUCUUCUACAUGCAAUAAAUGAAUGUUCUCAGCGCGGUUUAUUGAAUACUACUAAGUGGUUAGCAGAAUUAAACUACUCCUUAAAAAAUAUAAAACUGGAUGUACAUGAUUUAACUGCAGAUAUCAAGUCAGAGAUAUGCGAGGAAGAGGAUAUUUAUGUUUUAUCUAAAACUUACUUUGACUUGAAGGAGUAUGACAGAGCAGCUUAUUUCACAAAGGAUUGUGCAACUCCAAAAGUUAGAUUUUUACAUUUGUAUUCGCGUUACUUAUCAGGGGAGAAGAAAAAAAUAGAUGAUAUGACAGAUGUGCCACCAGAUCCUUUGAAGAAUGAUAUUAAACUGCUUUGUGCUGAUCAGAAAGACCAUUUGGCAUCAAAGUUAGAUGGCUUCGGGUUAUAUCUUUUUGGUGUGACUUUAAAGAAAUUGCAACUUAUGAGAGAGGCGAUAGAUGUUUUAGUAGAAUCUAUACAUAAGGAACCCAUGCAUUGGGGCGCAUGGUUAGAAUUGGCUGCAUUAAUCACAGAUAGGGAAAAACUAGAGAGUCUAUGUUUGCCGAAUCAUUGGAUGAAAUAUUUCUUUAUGGCACAUAUGUAUUUAGAACUACAGCUUAUAGAUGAAGGUUUAGCAUUAUACUGUCAAUUGCAGUCAAUGGGUUUUCAGAAAAAUUGUUAUGUACUAGCGCAAACUGCAAUUGCAACACAUUAUAGAAGAGAUGUUGAUAAUGCAAUAGAAACCUUUAAAAAAAUAAUAGAAGAAGAUCCUUAUUGCCUUGAUAAUAUGGAUACAUAUUCAAAUCUCCUUUAUGUAAAAGAGAUGAAAGUUGAAUUGGCAUAUUUGGCACAUAGAGCUACUGAUAUAGAUAAAUAUAGAUUAGAAACUUGUUGUAUAGUAGGAAAUUAUUACAGUUUAAGAGCCGAUCAUCCAAAAGCAGUGAUGUAUUUCCAUAGAGCAUUAAAAAUAAAUCCGCAGUAUUUGUCGGGUUGGACGUUACUAGGUCAUGAAUUUAUGGAAAUGAAGAAUACCAAUGGUGCCAUCCAUAGCUAUAGACAGGCAAUUGAGGUAAAUAGACGGGAUUAUAGAGCAUGGUAUGGUUUGGGUCAGACAUACGAGAUCUUGAAAAUGCCGUUUUACGGACUUUAUUAUUACAAACAAGCUCAGGUUUUAAGACCUCAUGAUAGCAGAAUGAUUCUAGCUUUGGGUGAAGCAUAUGAGAAGCAGGAUAAAAUUCAAGAUGCACUCAAAUGUUAUUACAAGGCAUGCAACGUGGGUGAUAUAGAAGGAAUGGCGCUCUUCAAGUUAGCAACAUUAUAUGAAAAAUUAGGAGAAGACGAACAAGCAGUGGGAGCUUACACAGAUUUUGUAGCAGAUGAAUUUCGAAAUAUUGAUAAAUCGGACUUGAUUCACGCGUACAAAUAUCUCAUACACUAUCAUAUAAAGAGGGAACACUUGGAUCAAGCUAAUCACUUUGCACAAAAAUGCCUUCAAUUUGACGAAACCAAAGAGGAAGCUUGGGGAUUAUUAAGAACAAUUACAGAGAAAAGAACCAUCAGAUUAGGAGAAACUUUCAUGAUGGUGGAUGAUAUGAAUGAAACAGAUCCUGUAAUGGAGCAAAGAGCGCAAGCGGAUGCAACACCUGGAAGUCAACUAUCACCAAUGAAUCUUUCAUCUACACCUACGCCGUAAAAAAAAAUAUUCAUACACUGUCUCGCAAUUUUAACACUUGUAAUUUGUAUAUAAAAAUCAAGUAUUCAAUAUUGUAUUAUAUAUUUUUGUAAUAUUAAUGUAUUUUUUCCUAAGACAUAAUGUAAGAAAAAUAUAAUGCUUGCUUUUCCAGAA